CACCAACAUUUUGCUGGUAACUAUAGCAACAAGGCGAAAAGCUAGACCGCUAGUUAGCAAGCGUCGCAGCUAUCCUUACCUUAUCAUAGAAUUUAUCCCCUAAAAAUACAAAUAAAUAAAAUUCCAAGCUGAAAUGCUGUAUGAUGAAAUUAUGACCUAUAUUUUGUCCAACAGUAUUUGAAGUGUGUGUAGUUUGGUGUUGUUUACACCUGGAGCUAGCAAGUUUGCUAGCUAUAACGUUAUCUCAGCACCGCUGUGUUGUGAUCUAUGAUGGGCAAAGAUGUGGAGGAUGUUUCUGCGUCUCUAGUACGGGAAUAUCUCAGCCGAAAGGGCCUCAAGAAAACCAUAGCUUGCAUGGAUGAAGAACUUCCACGAACUCAUUCAAGCGUCAAUAACAGAUCAGACCUGCGGAGUAUACUUCAUCUUGAGGGCCUUUACAAAAAGAAUAAGGCAGAAGAGCAUCCUUUGAAGUCAAUGUUAGAGAUGAUUGUGAAGGACAGAAUGAGUGAAGGUGGAAAAACCAAAGGUCAUCGACAAGGUGACGUUCAAGCACAUGCAUUGGAUCAAACCAUGUCCAGUUCUUCCAUAGAUAUGACUGAGACUAUUAAGAGAGAUGAAAGUUGUUUGCACAAUCUCUCGUCGAACAAUCCAAGGUUAUCUGAAAGCAGCCGUGUGUCACAGGUUAUUGUGUCUCCCCAAACACCUUCUGAAAAGAGACAAGACAAGGCAAAGACAAGUUUGGACCUUUCAUCAUCUAGCCGGGAUAGUCUCUUAACCAUGUCUAAAGAGGGAUUUCUCUCUGAGACAAAGGUUCUAGAUACUGACAGCCAGAAGAACAGAGGCAGCAGGAUAAGACGAGGGAUUAUGGCAGGUCCUAUUUGCAGUUCCUCACAGGAAAGUAACAGAAGACGUCCAACACGAAAAACAGCUUCAUCUGUCAUAGAAACAAUGGAGGAUUGCAGGCAAGCAUCAAACUGGACGAAUGGCUUCAAUACUACAAAUACAAAGUCUAAACCAUCAGCUUUUCUUCAAGUUGAAAGCAGUUCGAUUUCUAAUUUACAUAAAGGAAAUAUUGACCAUGAUGGACAUGAGAGGAUGACAAAAGCCAAGCAAAAGAAUUCGGCGCCCAGCCUAAAUUUGGAUGGCCUCCAUGUGCUGGAAAUGGUUUUAGAUGACAUUGAGUAUGAAGAGAGCUUGUGUGAUAUUUCUAGAAAAAUCCUGCCAGAAUAUAGUUUGGACAAGACUUCCAUGGACCAGAUGACUGCUGUUGCUCUAAAAGAAAUCAUCUUUGGUUCCUCCAUGGCUUGUUUCACUGAGGAGUGGAAGCAGCAGAGUUUUACCUUUUCAGAUACUCCUGGCUUGAAAUACGGGAUUGUACAGAAGAAGGGUGGACCCUGUGGUGUCCUUGCAGCAGUUCAGGCUUGUGUUCUAGAGAAGCUUCUGUUUGAAGAAUCAAGCUGUGACUCCGUAGAUCAGAGACUGGAGGUGUCGAGCAUUGUAAGAACAAAAUGUCUCUAUCUGGCUUUGGCUGAUGUGAUUUGGAGAGCUGGGAAUAUGAAUAGAGCAACAGUUGCAAUAAACACAGGAAGAAGUGUGUUCACCCCGAUCGGGCGCUACAAAUCUGAUGGAAUUCUAGAAAUGAUAACAUACGUCACUGUUGAGACCUUGGAUGAUCUCACUUUAGUUCUUGAACAGCAUGUUAGACAGUUUGAGUCUGGUCCCUUUGGCUGUAUUCUACUUACCAUCUCCGCCAUUCUUUCCAGAACUAUUGCAAUUGUACGAAGUGACAUGGAUGUGCCAACCUCCACUCUCAUUGGAGCUCACGGCUACUGCACACAGGAAUUGGUAAAUCUAUUACUUUGUGGACGCGCUGUUUCAAACGUCUUUGAUGAUGAAAUGAAGCUUGAUUCCGGAAAUGGAAAUUUUACCCUUCUGAGGGGAAUUAAAACACGAUCUGAUAUUGGGCUGCUCUCUUUAUUUGAGCACUAUAAUAUAUGCAAGGUUGGAUCUCACCUGAAAAACCCCACGUUUCCAAUUUGGGUGGUGUGCAGCGAGAGCCAUUUCAGUGUUCUCUUUAGUCUCUCUAAAGAUCUGGCGUCCGAUCACUGUACGGAGAACGAGUUUGACUUGUACUAUUAUGAUGGAUUGGCCAACCAGCAGGAACCAAUUAGAUUAACAGUCUAUCCACAUUCUGCUGCUAAGGCUGCUGCGCACAAUGACAACACAGACGAUGACCUCAUCCCUCCGCUGGAGCUCUGCAUCAGAACCAAAUGGCCAAAUGCAGUGGUCAACUGGAAUGAUACAGAUCCCAUUCUUUGAUGAUGCAUGUUUUUUUGAUUUGUUAGCUCCAUGCGAUUAUUGAUUUUAUCUGGUGUAAAACAAAUUUUUAUUAGGUUUAAAUUGAAAAAGCACAUGUGUAGUAUUUAUUUUGUCUUGUGUGAUAAGCUUUUUUUGCUGCUAUUCUUGAUAGUGUUUCAUCUUUUUUGAUGUGAAUACAGAAGAACGAUGCAUUUUCUAAAAUUAUCAAUCAAAAGAUGGCCAAUAUUUUCAGUAUAUAUUAUACAAAAAUGUCUUGUUUGCUCCUCUCCUAUAUUUUUAAUCACGAUCUUCUUCAUUGUUUACUCCGGCAUGUUGUAUAUAAUUGUUUACAAUCUUUUUUGUCAUCACAAAGUCACUUUGACACUAAAAUAUUAGAAACUG